UGUUAUCAGCUUACUAGGAACUUCUUUGAGAGGCUAAUACUCUUCUGUUAUCUGGGGAAAAGAAAAGGAGAGUAAUCAAGCCAAAUAUGGUGGGUGGAAAAAAAUCAUACCUGGAAAUGUAGGUUGAUUGGAAUAUUUAUGUAUCAAAGUGAGGAGACGAUCAAAGGAAAAGGUAAAAAGGAGAAAGAAAAUGUUUUGGGGGUAAGAGUUGAGAAGCGGCAAAAUUAUGUGGGAAAAAUAAAAAGAGAAAAAGGAAGAGAUUAGAAAUGGAAGGGAGAGGUCAGAUACAUAUAUUGUAUCCAUUUGUUGAAUUGGUAGCCAAGCAACAUUAGAUAUCAUGAGGAAACCAUUACAGAAGAAGACAUAUAUAAUUAAACCCGUGGGACAUUAUAAAAUCAACAGCAGGGAAUGUAUACAUGUGGCUAUGUUCAUACACACAUACAUUAACAAAACCAAACUACCCCCCCCAAAAUAGCUUGAGGACAAUUCUCCUUGUUCUUUGAUUAGGGUGAAUAUUUUAAAUGGUCUUCUCUGUGCCCUUAUCUUUAGGCAGACAUGCUUUGGAGCCUCUGGUAUUCUCAGGGUGCUGGCAGGGUACUCAUGCCUCUCCUUCCAUAUUUCAGCCUCCGGUUCCUGAUCACACCCCUAAUGUGGGCUCAGCUGUUUGUUUCCCCAUGUUUACAUCUGUAGUAACCUGGAAACUUCAGUGUAUAGAUAUGCUUAUGUUCUGCCAAACCUCUCUCUCUGGUCCACAAUAUCAGCGGUAUCAAAGGGCCAGGCAGGAGGCAGUACCUCCAUGUCCCAUGCAUCAAUUCGAUGCCCCCCUCCCCACACAUAUACAGGUAACUCCGAUAUUCCUAUUUUGUGAGUGUCUAUCUGCUCCAUGGUUUCAGAGGCUUCUUUGGACCAUCAGAAAAGAGCUUCUGUAGGGACUGAUCCAGAAUGUUUGUUCCACCAUCUUUCACACACAGGCUUUCUAGCUGUUCAGCUUCUUGAUGACUUUCUCUGUUCUGUGACUUCUGUGGUAUUGUGAAUCAGCAGAAGAAAAUCCCCACCGGCAUCACUCUGGAAUUUUUUCUCCACCCGUGCUUCUCACAGGUCUCCGCCCACAAGAGCGCAGCAUGACCACUAUGACAGUGCAAUUACAGCCGACAUUAUUACAUUUCAAACAACUCAUGCCAAUGCCCCAGGAGAUGGAAAGACAAGUCAUCAUUCUGUGUAGGGGAACUGACCUUGAAUAGGCAGCGAUUGCUCUGGGACUUUCAUCAAGUUGUACCUCUUCGCGCACUUGAUCUGCAUCUUCCUCUGCAAUGUUACACUUUUCUUUUUCCUCUGAUACGUAUUGCGACACAAGCUGCGAAACCACAUGCUCAAAUUUGGAAGAAGCCUCCAGUGGUUUGAUUUCAUAAGUAAAGUCAUCCACCUUCAGCAUGCCCCUCAGACCUCCAGAGCAGGUGUCCAGCGUGGCUGUGGAACCAGGAACCCCCUCCAGCAUUGCAGCUGUGAUGGUCCAACUCUCCCAAGACACAGAUCCAUAAAGGUCAGCACUGCACCCUGAGAACUACAGGGGAAAGAGCAAGGCAAGCAAUGCCUUUUACUCUUCUGCAUUGGACAGAUAGUUCCAUAAUGGGGGCUGUGAAGGAUGGAGCAUCCAUGAGGAUCAUUCUUCUGUUUCUCUGGCUGGAGGUGUCUCUGAUCUCUCCCAGCCUCUCCCAGGCUAGGCCUGCCCAACGUCUCAGUUCUGUAGAAGUGGUGACCCCCUUGAAAGUGAACAGCAGGGGCAGAGGUGCAAAGAGUACAGGAUGGCUCUCCUAUAGCCUGCUAUUUGGGGGCCAGAGACAUGUUGUUCACAUGAGGGUCAAGAAGCUGUUGGUUUCCACACACCUCCCUGUACUCACCUACACAGAACAACAUGCCCUCUUGGAGGAUCACCCCUUCAUCCCUGAUGACUGUUACUAUCAUGGUUAUGUGGAAGGAGCCCUUGAGUCUCUGGUUGUUUUCAGUGUCUGUUUUGGGGGAUUGCGGGGAGUGUUACAAAUAAAUGACCUCGUGUAUGAAAUUGAACCCAUCAGGCACUCUACUACAUUUGAACAUCUAGUUUACAGUUUAAAAAGUAAUGAGACACAAUUCCCACCCAUGAAGUGUGGUUUAACAGAGAAGAAAACUGCAUACCAGCCCUUGGAAUUUGAAGUAGAUGAGAACUUAGUUCAGAAAAACAAUUCUGCUGGAGAUUGGUGGACCCACAUAUGGUUUCUGGAGCUGGUUGUAGUGAUAGACCAUGAUUUCUUCAUUUACUCACAAAGCAACUUGUCAAAAGUUCAAGAGGACAUAUUUCUUGUUGUUAAUAUAGUGGAUUCUAUGUAUCAUCAGUUGAGUACCUAUGUGACUUUGGUUGGGAUUGAGAUUUGGAAUCAAGGAAACAUUUUCCAGAUGACAAGUAUAGAACAAGUUUUGAAUGAUUUCUCUCAGUGGAAAAAAAUCAGUCUUUCCCAGCUACAGCAUGAUGCUGCACAUAUUUUCAUAAAAAGUUCACAUAUAAACAUACUUGGUCUAGCCUAUGUUGCAGGAAUAUGUCAUUCUCCUAUUGACUGUGGAGUUUGUAAUUUCCAGGGAGACCCUUGGUCUCUCUUUGCUAACACUGUGGCCCAUGAGUUGGGUCACAUUUUGGGUAUGCAGCAUGAUGAGGAAUUCUGUUCAUGUGGGAAAAGUGGUUGCAUCAUGAGUGCUCUCAGAAUACCAGAAGCAGAGAGAUUCACCAAUUGCAGCUAUGUUAAUUUUCUGAAAACUAUUUUAAACCAAGGAUCAUGCCUGCACAAUUUUCCAAGACCAGCAAAAGUCUUUCUGCUUAAACGCUGUGGGAAUGCUGUGGUUGAAAGAGAAGAGGAGUGUGAUUGUGGAGCAAUACAGCAGUGUGAACAUGAUCCCUGCUGUUUGUUAAACUGUACUCUGAGGUCUGGAGCUGCUUGUGCUUUUGGACUGUGUUGCAAAGACUGCAAAUUCAUGCAAUCAGGGGAACUGUGCAGACAGCAGGUCAAUGAAUGUGACCUUCCCGAGUGGUGCAAUGGCACAUCCCACUGGUGCCCAGAAGAUGCACAUGUGCAGGAUGGGAUGCCCUGCAGUAAAAAUGCUUACUGUUAUCAAAAGCAAUGUAAUAACCAUGACAAACAGUGCAGGGAGAUUUUUGGCCAAAAGGCAAAGAGUGCAUCUCAGAACUGUUAUAGAGAAAUCAACUCUCAGGGAAACAGUUUUGGCCACUGUGGUACAAACGGCAUGGUAUACAUAAAAUGUAACAUAUCUGACAUCUUAUGUGGGAGAAUUCAGUGUGAAAAUGUAGAAGACAUGCCAUAUCUUCAAGAUCAUUCUGUUUUGCGGAACACCCACGUCAAUGGUGUCCCAUGCUGGAGUAUUGGCCAUCACUUAGGGCUGAGCAUACCUGACAUUGGUGAAGUGAAAGAUGGCACUGCCUGUGGAGCAGGAAAGAUCUGCAUCCACAAGAAGUGUGUCAGUCUGUCUGUCCUGCCACAAGUCUGCCUUCCUGAGACUUGCAAUAUGAAGGGGACCUGCAAUAACAAGCAUCACUGCCACUGUACUGAAGGGUGGUCCCCACCCAACUGCCUGCACAGAGGCCUUGGAGGUAGCAUUGACAGUGGCCCAGUGUCUACAACAAAAAGUGUUUUCUUAACACUAGUUGUGACUCUUUCUGUGUGUGUUUUGAUUUGUCUCUUGACUGUUGGGCUUUAUAUAUAUAUAUAUGUAUAUCCUCAAAUACGUUCUGGUUCCAAGCAGACUGAAGAUUACUCAUCAGGAUAAGAAAAUGUCUGAUUUAAAACCUAUGCAUGAUUAAGGUUUAGUUCCCAGGCAGUGAAAUGAUAGCACAUGGCCCAAGCUGAGCACAUUUCUGACAGUUUAUAGAAAGAUACAAUGAUUUUUCCUUUCUCUGGACCAGAAACUUUGUCAUUAAAUACAGGUCAUUCUUAACAUGCUCCUACCUACUGUGCAUGGUCUGACACAGCAAAUAAAGCUUAUUUCUUCUCUCAA